UGUGUCAAGAAAGAAAUAUUUUUGUUGAGCAGUGUUUAUUAAAAACGCUCAGCUCCAAUGACAAUAAUGAUCUAAUCAAAGAUAUGGAUUUAUCUAUACACCGCAAAUAUUUAUAACGCACGUGUGGCAAAUUCAUUCUUGUAUAAAUAAACUGAAAUGUGCGAAGAAUAGUUUAGUGAGAAUUUGUCUGUAAGAUCGGUGAGUGGAUUGUCGCACGAUUAUGCCUGCCCGCAAAGUACCGCAUAUUUUGAAGCUCUCCGCGCAGGAGCAGAAGGAGUUCGUCAACUCCUUCGAUGUGGUGAUGUGUGAUUGUGAUGGUGUUAUGUGGCUGAUUUCUUCUUCGCUGCCCAAGACAGGUGAAGCGGUGAAUACGCUGAAGGCGGCUGGCAAACAGGUGUUCUUUGUGUCCAAUAACAGUGUGCGCGUGGAUGAAGAUUAUGUGAAUAAGUUCACCGGGAUCGGAGUGAAGGAUUUUCAAGCGAACGACAUUAUGCAUCCUGAAAAGUCCAUGUUGUACUAUAUGAAGAAGCAUAACAUAAAGCAGCCGGUUUUCUCAUUAUGCGGUGGCCCCGGUAAUGAAACGCUACGUCGUGGAGGCAUAGAUGUGAGGACUUUGGUCACUAAGGAAGUCGUUGAAUUAUCUACUUUGGAAAAAGUUACAAGACCGGAACAAAAAAUGGGCGCAGUUUUGUUUGAUAAUAAUUUGAAUUUAACUUAUGCACAAAUGGCAGCGGCCACACGAUAUCUCGCGGAUAAAGAUUGCGAGUUUAUUGCCGGUGGUACAGAUUGGCUAGUACCGAUAACGAAAGAUCUAACUUUACCAGGAUUUUGCGAUUUCCUCGACACUCUUAAGCGAUUUACAGGACGAGAGCCGACAAUAAUUUGCAAACCGGCAGUUUUGCUUGGUGAAAUUUUGAAGGACGCCUAUAAAUUGGGCGAUCCCAAGCGUUGUCUGUUUGUUGGCGAUUCUCUGACGCACGAUGUACGCUUCGGUCUGAAUUGUGGCUUCCAAACCUUGCUCGUAUUGAGCGGCAGCACACCCAUAGAUGAAAUGUGGCAAGCAAGUGCGAAGGACCAACCUCAUUUUUAUACGGAUAGCAUAGCCGAUUUUAUAGAAUUAUAUACUAAUAUAAGUAAAAAUGCUUAAGAAUUAAUUUUGUAUGUAUUUCGUGUGGUUCUUCAUUAUAUUUUUUGUAUAGUUUAUAAGUUAGUCUGCUAUGCAAGGCAGAGAUAAAUUCAAAAAAUUAAAGAGCCUUAAAACUCAA